UGGUCAUCUAUGCUACCUUAGUUAGGGUUAGAUUGAUUCAUCUUCUCUUUUUAUCCAAAACAGACAUGGAGAACAAUAUUAACAAUAAUAGACCUAUGUCUCUCUUGGAUUUGCCUGAAUCAACCUUGGAUUUCAUUCUGAAGCUCCUUUCUCCAAUAGAUCUUUGUACAAUGUCAAAGGUGUGUGUCUCUUUAAAGGGUAGGUGUCAAAGUGAUGACUUUUGGAAAAACCAUAUAAAAGAGAAAUGGGGUAGAGUGAUUGGUGAAGCUGUUUAUAAGGAGUGGGAAUGGCAUAUAACAAUUGCCAAACAAGGAAAUUUAUUGAAUCAACGAACCAAUAAUCAAAUUCGGUCACUGGGUUCUUUUAGUGGUGUUUGGCCUAAUCUAUAUCUUGGUUCAUACUUGGAAGAUCACAAGGCUCUUAAUGGUCAACGGUCAAACAACUUCUUCAUGUCUUUGUAUUUCUCUCUUGAGAGUGGCAUCUUCUGGUUUCCUGCUCAGGUCUACAAGGAGCUGAUGAUUCACAAUGCCUUGGUUAGCUAUGAGUCUCAAUCUGAUACUUUUCAAGCAAGGUAUCAAAGUGGAGGUUGGGGAUGUCUAGGGAAGAAUAUUGAGUGGGAUAUGGUGAGGGUUCCUGCAGUUGAUUUGCCCCCUUAUGUGAUGUACGUCUCUGAUUGUUUAGACGACUUAAAACCCGAGGAUCAUAUUGAGAUUCAGUGGAGAGGAGAUAAACAAUGGCCUUAUGAUUGGUGGUAUGCUGUUAUUGACCACUUAGACUCAUGUAAUGAGAAUGAGAAUUAUUGUCAGUGUCAUCUUAGUGAUACAUUGAUCGUGGAGUUCAGGCAAUACCGUGAAACCUCAAACAUGAGACGAAUAAGGUUAUCUAGGAAGAACUAUGGGGAACAAGGUCAUCAAACAGGAGGAUACUAUGGAGGAAUUAGAAAGCUUCACAAUGAGGAUGAGAUUGGAACUUGGAAGAAGCUCUUACCAGAUCAAGUUCAGCUGUGGAUCUGGAGCUCGAGCUGUGGAAAUCUGAAAUACAAUUUGAAGCUCCAGAGAGUUGAAGCUAAAGCUGUGAACUCAAAGCUAAAGCCAUGGAGCACCCAGGACCCAGAAAAAACUCUAGAGAUCCACAGCCAUAGCUGUGGCUUCACAGCUACAGCGCUGGAGGUUCCUAUUGAAGGAGUUGUCAUAGCUAUAGCUGUGAAACCACAGCUGCAGCUUUGGAGGUUUCUUCACCCUGAAGGACUCUCCACAGCCAUCGCCGUGGAUCUACAGCUGCAGCCGUGGGAGGAAAAAUCACUCUUUGCCCCUAUUUUAAAGCUCAUAUAA